AAAAGUGAAAAAUGAAGCUAUUGAAAUGCCUGGGUGGUAUUUUGAUAAAAAAGAACUAAGGAAUACACCAUCAGCUCAGGAUGGUAUAGAUUAUAAGACUGAAAUGCGAUAUCGUAAAGAAGGAGCCAGGUUAAUAAUAAACACUGGUUCCAAAAUGGACUUGGGAUACAACACAAUGGCAACUGGAGUAGUUUAUUAUCACAGAUUUUAUAUGUUCCACUCGUUCAAACAGUUUCCAAGAUAUGUUACAGCAUGCUGCUGUUUAUUCCUCGCUGGCAAAGUAGAAGAAACCCCAAAGAAAUGCAAAGAUAUAAUUAAAACGGCAAGGAGCUUACUCACAGAUCAGAAAUUUGCUACAUUUGGAGAGGAUCCAAAAGAGGAGGUAAUGACAUUAGAAAGAAUUUUACUCCAAACAAUAAAAUUUGAUCUUCAAGUUGAACACCCCUACCAGUACCUGUUAAAAUAUGCCAAAUGUCUUAAAGGUGACAAAAGCAAAUUGCAGAAAAUGGUCCAAAUGGCAUGGACUUUUGUAAAUGAUAGUUUAUGUACAACAUUAGCCUUACAAUGGGAACCUGAAAUAAUUGCAGUGGCAUUGAUGUAUUUGGCUGGUAAACUUAGUAAAUUUGAGGUAGUUGAUUGGAUAGGAAGAAAUUCAAAACAUUGUCGAUGGUGGGAUAUGUUUGUUGAAGAUGUUACUUUGGAUUUAUUAGAAGAUAUUUGCCAUCAGGUAUUAGAUUUAUAUUCCCAAGCAGAUAACACAAACGCAGCAGAUAGCCCUCCACCAUCUUCACAAAAAGGGGCCCCUGCUGUUUUACCUGUGUCUAAUAGAACUUCAAAUGGCCAUGAGAAAAUAUGUUCUCCAGAUCAACCAGCUCCUGUUAACAUCAAAAUUCCACCGCCAUCAGAAAUUCCUCAAUUUCCUUACCAGACUUUUACUGGGGGCCCUCCACCAGUACCUAUGUAUCCUACACCAGUUAGUGCAUUUUCUUCAGCUCCUGUAUUGGCAGCCGCGCACCCGCCCCAUUUAACAGGUCCUCCACCUGGACCACCACCUCAUAUAACUGCUCCACCACCAACAGUAUUUCCUUAUGUUAACCAUCCUCCACCAUUUGUACCUCCUGUUGUAUCUUCUGGAGCACCUCCGUUUUACCCAGCAAACGCUCCUCCGCCAGCUCAACCCCAGCAUAGGCCAUUCUAUCCUCCCCCUACAUAGUUUUUUCAGAAUUACGUUUUUUGUUUAAAUAAAGAAUUCAGAUGACUGUGUCAGUUAUGAAAUUAAUUUUAAUUUUAUAUUCAAUGACACUAUAAUAUCAUGUAAAUGUAAAAUGUUAUCUAUUUUUUUUAUUUCUAAAUUAUCACUUUCUACAGCUAAAUGGGAGCAAAAUAUCUUCAUCUCUGAACAUACAGUAUUUUCAAGCAAUGAGGUUUAUUAUUCAAAAAUUUAAUUUCAUUAUUGUUUACAAGCGUUUCUAAAUGUUAAGGUUUUUAAUUCAGUGCAUACAAAAUAGAUAUGUCCAGAGAUAUUAAUUUGUUUGUAAAUUACAUGGGAUAAUCAAUAAGGAUUUGUCCAAGGUUUUAAUAAAUUUAUACCUUCAAAACGGUGAUGUAUAUAUACAAAUGACUAUUAAAAAUUUCUUAUGAAUUUUGUUACAAUUAGAAAUUUAUUUUUCAUUUAUUUUAAAAAUAUUUGAUAUAUGACUGCAGUGGAUUUAAUGAUUUUUUUGCUCUGGCUCACUUUCCUUUUUUGUAUUACAUAAUCAAUACUAUAGUAUCAUUUAUAGCGGAUUAGCUUAUACUAAUGAAUAAGAGCCAUAACUGCACCACCUUGCUUCCAGAAAAGAAAUGUCCCAAGAUAAGUAAGAAACCCAUAACUCCUUGUGGAAAAUUUAAUUUCUACAAAAACAAUACCACCUUCUCCCAAACAUUUCUUAGCUAAUAUUGUAAACACUUCCCAUAGACGACACCGCCUAACGCCAGUUGAAUGAUCUCACUAUGGAAGAUAUUUUUGUAAAAACUUUUAUUUCCAAGGAAUAUAAAAUUAUAUACAUAUUCUUGUUAUAUACAUUGUUACUUCAUUUUUCUUGGAUAAAUCCAUAUUGUUAUAAUAUACAUUUGUUAAAUCACUAAAUUUUCAUGUCUAGAAGUUGAACUGAAAAACUUUUGCUAUACAUAUUAACAAACUAUGUAGUUGAAUUGAAAUUUGUAAAUAAUUUGUAACAGUAAGACUUAUUUUAUUUUUGUAAAUGAACAAAUAGUUGCAAUUAUUUCCUAAUGUUGAAUAAUCUAUUUAUUUUGUAAAUAUGAAAGUAGAAAUCAUAAAAAAUGUAUCAGUCAUA